CAAGAACUUGCUCAUCAUGCUGAUCGCGAUGUUGAGAAGAUCUCUCCCUUCUUUCAAGGAUUUCCAGUACGAAAUUUGGUCGAUAUCUUUCCCGGAACACCGGUCGACGAAUGGAGACACUCCGAUAAGAUGCCGAACACUGUGGAGAAAUACCAUUUGGCCUUGAUCGAUGCCGCCGAGUUCUUCUUUCAAGAUCAGAACAUCAGAGACAAGAAGAAUCUUCAAGGUCACGACUGGUUCUGCGUGUUGGAAAGCGAUGUCUACUUCAUUCCCGAACACCUUAGACGUUUUCUGAUCUUAAAAGGACUGAUGUUAGAUGAUCUUCCAAAGAAGCCGCUGCAUGUCGGGCCAGUCUGGGCCCAUAGCAUUUUCCAAGAUGGCUAUCUUACAGAGCCGUCCCAAGGAACGUGCCUGAACGAGAGCGGGAUACGGGCAGUCGGGAAGUUUUUUAUGUGUCGACAUAUAGAUACACGUCUUGCCAAUGAAUGAUCAUGAAUUUCGUCUGGUGUCUCUUUUCACGACUCAUUUCUUACUCUGCUUUAAAAGAUAGAUUGAAAGAACUUCCUUGUCAUCUAAUAUCCUGCGUGAAAUGCACGAGAGUCCCGAUGGCGUCCUUAGUUCGAAGAGUGCAGUUCUGGAUUCGAGUUGGCCGCCGACCGGCCUCGACUGUGCGCCGUUUGCGAGAGAGCAACACACCGAAGUCCUUUUGAUUGCGAAUAGUUGUUUCCGCAAUGCAGGUCUGCGCGGGCUUGGGGUAGCGGACACUCGGGACAGCAUGGCUCGUCUCUUUUGGAGUAAUGCGUUGGAUACUGUCCGGGCACUACGACCGCCUACGAUGACAGAGAUGUCCGAAGGAGCUGACGGGAAGUCUCAAGAGAAGUCCUCCGAAACUAACAUGGAUAGCGCAAAAAAUGCAGAGCCUCGAGGCCUAUUAUGGCUUCCGUUUCACACCUUUGAUGUCGUGCUGGUCAAUUUUUGUCAGUAAUAUAUUUGAUCGUCCGUAGAGCGAUUGCAAUUUCAUUUUCUUUCCUCGUAGAAGUCAGCGAGGAGAAAGUCAGCUUUUCUUCUGGGGGGAAAGUCAAAAUUUCAUUUUCUUUCGUAGAAGUCAGCGAGGAGAAAGUCAGCUUUUCUUCUGGGGUGAAAGUCAAAAUUUCACUUUCUUUCGUAGAAGUGAGCGAGGAGAAAGUCAGCUUUUCUUCUGGGGAGAAAGUCAAAGCAGGUCAUGACAACCGCUCCAAAGCUCUAAAUCCAAUCCGCAACGUGACCGAAUUCAUUAGCCUUCACGACAACGAAGGCCAAGGCGGCUAUAGGCGUGCCACUUUGCAACGACAACGAAUCCGACGAACUCUCGACAGGCUAUUUCGAACUCGACUCGGCUCUCUAGUCCGCAAUACGCCGAAGCAUUUCGCGGAAAAGAACAAGAUGGCGGACCCGUACUGGAUCUACUUCGAGGGCGCGAUGCAUCUGUGGGAAAGGUGUGCCGGGUUUUCUUCAAGUACUGAUGUGACGCUGACUUCGAAUGAUGUUGGGAGGAACAAGCAGUCGUCAUUCUUUCCAUGGGAGGCGCAGGUCGCGAUAGCGAUGGAGAGACCAUCCUUGGGCAACAACGUGGAUCAGACGAAGUUUUCGUUUGUGAGUAAAUACGCUUUGAUGUUCCAUCCACAUCGUGCUCUACAAAGCGGUCGAGGGCUGCAGCGUGGUGGCAAGAAGCUUCUGAAGGCUCACUUCUCUCUACGCACAGUCCACCACAUCCUGCGCACAAAGAAGCUUGCGUGUCCGGUAGAAUUUUGCGGACCCGUUUUCGGAGGACCGAGAAGAAGAAUCAACAUGAGUGGAAGAGUACAAGGCGAUCACUUUGUACUAGACCCACUAGGAGUUAAUAAGAGGGAGCAGCAAGUGCAGGGUGGAGCGAACAUCAAUUCAGUUUCAGCAGGACACGAUGAGUCAUCUGCUUCAAAGAUUUCUGCACACGUGGUGCGCAUGUAUAGAUGUUGGACGGCCUUUUCCUCAACCCAGAGAAAAAACCUUGUGCAUUCUGUACCUCUCUUUAAUGCUUGGAUCCGACACAGUUGCUGACAAAAAUUAUAUGUAACACUCGCCACAUGUGUUUUUCAUAUUUUUAGCAGCUACGUCGAUGUGUACAAAUACAACUCAAUGCGAAUCACCUUAACACGAUGCAUCAGG